UCUCUUUGGUUUUCAUCAAAUUAUCAACCUGUUCUUCACCUUCUACAAUCCACAUCCAGAACAAAAAAACACACACACACGCACAAAAUCAUGGCUCCAAGUUUCGAGGAUGGCAACUCUGUUUUUGAGUUUGUUGUUCGACGAGGAAAUGGAGUGAAAGGACUGGUGGAUUCAGGGCUUUCCAAGGUGCCAGAGGCUUACGUGCAACCACCAAAAGAGCGAAUAGACAAGGAAAAUGCCGUAAAACAUGGCCUGCCACCCAUUGAUUUGUCGAAACUGGAUGGUUUUGGCCCUGACCACGAUGAAGUGGUCGACCAAAUUGUUAAAGCUGCUGAGACUCUUGGUUUCUUCCAGGUUGUUAACCAUGGUGUCCCCCUUCAUCUACUAGAAUUCCUUAAAGACACUGCACAUUACUUCUUCAGCUUGCCCCCUCAAAGGAAGGCUGUUUAUCGUUCAGACGUUAGUCCAAGUCCACUAGUAAAGUACGGGACCAGCUUUAUGCCAGAGAAAGAGAAAGCAUUAGAAUGGAAAGAUUAUAUCCUCAUGCAAUACACCAAUGAUGAUGAAGCUCUUCAACAUUGGCCUCAAGAAAUCAAGGGUGUGUUACUUGAGUACUUGAGGAGUUCAAUCGGCAUGGUGAAAAAAUUGCUUCAAGUUUUAUUGGGAAAUUUCGGGAUUAAACCAGAUGAUCCAAUGAUCGAUGUACUUAUUGGAAAGAAGAUGCUUAGUAUGAACUUCUAUCCAGCAUGUCCUAAUCCGGAUCUUACUGUAGGAGUAGGACGUCACUCUGAUAUGGGUACUCUUACAGUCUUGUUACAAGAUGGAAUUGGUGGUUUAUAUGUCAAAAUGGAACAAGAUAUAGAUUAUGGAAAGAAAGGAGAUUGGAUAGAGAUCCCUCCUACUCCCAAUGCUUUGGUCAUUAAUGUCGGUGAUAUGUUACAGAUAUUAAGUAAUGGAAAGUACAAAAGUGCAGAGCAUAGAGUUCGUACUACGAGCACAAGUUCAAGGGUCUCAAUUCCAAUUUUCACAAUGCCAAGAGAAACAACAAAGAUUGUACCUUUGCCUCAAGUAGUGGAGAAAGAUGGAACUGCUCUUUAUAGAGAGUUUGUGCUUAUUGAUUAUAUGAAGAACUUUUUUGGAAAUGCACACGAGGGCAAAAAAUCACUCGAUUUUGCACAGAUUAAUCCUACUUAAGACUCGAAAAACUCAAUUUAGACCAACAUUCUCUUGAUUUUAUUAUGUUAUUUGAGAUAUAUACUUAUUACAGGCUUCAUCAGUUGUCAAGCUUUAGUAUCUACCAAUAAAUUCAAGGGUGAUAUAGUACUCAUUCAAAUUCUAUAUUCUGAUUCAUUCAUUCCAUGGACUUAAAUGUGAAGGUAUAGAUUGGCGUA